AUGCAGCUCAACCUAGUGGAAGCUACCAUCCAAGAUCUCCAAACUGCCCUGUCCACCCGUUCAAUCACAGCGACAGACCUCGUUGCUCGUUAUCUCCAUCGUAUAGCUACAUACGAUACCCGUGGUCCAGCUCUCAACUCCAUUGUCCACAUUAAUCCGAACAUCUUUGCGGAAGCAGCAGCAUCUGAUGACCGACGCGCCAACGGAGCGGCUCUUGGACCGCUAGAUGGAAUCCCAUAUCUUCUCAAAGAUGGCUUCAAGUACAAAGGGAUGACUGUAUCCGCCGGAUCACCUGCCUUCAAGGACCUAAUAUCCAACGAAGACGCCUUUCUCGCCGGGCAACUCAAAGCCGCCGGCGCAGUAUGCAUAGGAAAGACAAACAUGCCGCCCAUGGCAGCAGGCGGCAUGCAACGCGGUCUCUACGGACGUGCUGAAUCGCCAUAUAACCCUGACUAUCUCACCGCCGCAUUCUGGUCCGGCUCGUCAAAUGGUUCGGCAACAGCAGCAGCAGCCAGCUUUGCAGCAUUCAGCAUCGGCACAGAAACAGUAUCAUCUGGUCGCUCACCCGCAUCGAAUAACGCCCUCGUAGCAUACACGCCCUCCCGUGGAGUAAUAUCUUGUCGCGGCGUGUGGCCGCUGUAUCCAACCUGCGAUGUCAUGGUACCUCAUACAAGAACAGUGUCUGACAUGCUCACCAUCUUGGACGUCUUGACGAAACAGGAUGCCGUUACAAAGGGCGACUUUUGGCGUGAGCAAACAUUCGUCAAGCUACCAGUCUCAACCAAGCCGCACUCUACAUAUGCGGAUCCAAACUCCCUCAAGGGAAAACGUUUUGCCAUUCCCAGGAUGUACAUUGGAGGACACGAUCCUCACGCCAAACCAACAUACGUCUCAUCUGCAGUCAAGACGCUCUUUUCUCAAGCAAAGUCCGACAUUGAAGCCCUGGGCGGAACGGUGAUUGAGACAGACUUCCCCGUAGUAACAAACUACGAGGACGACUCCAUCUCCAACCAGCCUAAUAAUGUACGCGGCGCCCCCGAGGACUGGAACCAGCUUGAACGUGGCAAAAUCAUCGCCUACACAUGGGACGACUUUCUCAUCGCCAACAACGACUCUGACAUACGCACGUUAUCCGCCGUAGAGGGGAACAAACUCUUCCCCAAGCCACCAGGCUACCUCCCCGACAAAUUCGUCGAAGCCAAAAACGUAAUAUCCUACCCCGGUCUAGUGGACUUUGUAAAAGCCGGCAGAACACCUGUUUUGGACAUCCCUGGCAUGGAACAAACUCUCAAAGCGCUCGAAGCGCAACGGAAACGAGACUUGGAAGAUUGGAUGGACCAGCACUCUCUCGAUGCCGUGAUAUUCCCUGCCAACGGAGGCGUAGGGAUGGCGGACCUGGAGGAGAAUGAGGAGAGCGCCAGGUUCGCACACCUCAAUGGCGUCAAGUACUCGAAUGGUAAUCGGGCUUUACGACACCUUGGCAUACCGACUGUGAGUGUGACGAUGGGCGUGAUGCAUGAUACGGGGGUUCCUGUGAACCUCACAUUUGCCGGUAAGGCGUAUUCAGAUGGACAUUUGUUGAGGUAUGCGUAUGCGUUUGAGGAGAGCACAAAGCGGAGGGUUGCGCCGACAAUGACGCCGGCUUUGAAGUCGGAUGUUAUUGAGGGGAUGGCAGAGUCAGUGAGCGAGGGAGGUGAGAGAGUGGUGGUUAGCGUUGAGGGUGAGAGAGUAGAGAUCGCUCCUGGGACUUAUAGGAUACGUAUUGGUGGUGAUGUUGGUGCGGGUAAUGAGACGCAGCUUGAAGUUUUUGUUGAUGGGAAGAGAAUUGAUGAUGAAUUUGUGCAAAGAACAGAAAAUGGUGCGUGGGCUGCAAGUAUCGAGAGCACGCCUGUCAUUGAGGGCAGGCCGCAGGGUAAGGAUGCUGUGAUACUUGCGGAUCGAACUUUGGUGGUUGUUUUGGCGCGGCGUCAACGGACGGUGUCGGGAUGUUAUGGGCUGUUGGGAUAA